CUAAGUGUUUGUCAGCGCCGGAAGGAGUUUUGUGUGGCGCGCGAGCCGCGCCGGAAGUGACGCUGCGGGGGCCGGAAGUGCCCCCGCCCCGGCGCUCCCGCUCGCUCGGUCCGUGGGGCUGCGCGGCGCCGUUCAUGGAAGAGAUGUCGGGAGAAAGUGUGGUGAGCUCAGCGGUGCCAGCGGCUGCGACUCGCACCACCUCCUUCAAAGGGACGAGUCCGAGCUCCAAGUAUGUCAAGCUGAACAUUGGCGGAGCCCUCUACUACACCACCAUGCAGACCCUGACCAAGCAGGACACCAUGCUCAAGGCCAUGUUCAGUGGCCGAAUGGAAGUGCUCACGGACAGUGAAGGAUGGAUCCUGAUCGACCGCUGUGGAAAACAUUUUGGGACAAUACUGAACUACCUGCGCGAUGGGGCAGUGCCACUCCCUGAGAGCCGCAGGGAGAUAGAAGAGUUGCUGGCUGAAGCAAAGUACUACCUGGUCCAGGGGCUGGUGGAUGAGUGCCAGGCAGCCUUGCAGAACAAAGAUGCAUAUGAACCCUUCUGCAAGGUACCAGUCAUCACGUCUUCCAAAGAAGAGCAGAAACUUAUAGCCACUUCUAACAAGCCAGCAGUGAAGUUGCUAUAUAACAGGAGCAACAACAAAUAUUCCUACACCAGCAACUCUGAUGACAACAUGCUGAAGAACAUUGAGCUGUUCGAUAAGCUGUCCUUGAGGUUCAAUGGGAGAGUGCUCUUUAUAAAAGAUGUGAUUGGAGAUGAGAUCUGCUGCUGGUCUUUUUACGGGCAGGGGCGGAAGAUUGCCGAAGUCUGUUGCACUUCCAUUGUUUACGCUACUGAGAAAAAACAGACAAAGGUGGAGUUCCCAGAAGCUCGUAUUUAUGAGGAGACACUGAACAUUCUGCUGUAUGAGUCCCAGGAUGGGAGGGGACCUGACAAUGCGCUCUUGGAAGCCACAGGAGGGGCAGCUGGCCGCUCCCAUCACCUAGAAGAAGAUGAGGAGCGAGAGCGCAUUGAACGCGUGCGAAGAAUCCAUAUUAAACGUCCAGAUGACAGGGCCCAUCUGCAUCAGUGAGCUGAGCAAGAGCUGCAGACUGCGCAGCUCUGUUGAGAGGGCGCUGCCCUUCGGCUGAUCAAUUACCUGCAGCAGGGGACCAGGUGGUUUCACUUCUGUUCGGCAAAGUCUGUACAUUACGUUUUGUAACAAAUUAGAUUAUUUGGGGUAUUUAAAUGUAGUAGUUCUAGGACAAGAAUAAAUAAGGUUACUGGGCAUACGACACGCACCGUAAGGACCUAUUGAGCAUCUGGAGAAAUGUCCUGAAUUUUUAGCACUCGUCUUUGCGGUUUUGUGGCUAGAGAGGAAGAGGGCUGGCUUCCUUUGGCUUUAGUAAUUAUCCUGCACUUUAAAAAACAAACAAACAAACAAACAAAAGGUCAGUCAGCCCUAUACCUUCUCUCCAGGCACUCUUUGUCCCUGUUUCCUCCUAGGCAUUCCAGUGUGGGAGAAAUGCAGUGAUCCAAACACACCAGAGGUAUCGCCGAGCUCCUUUGCUCCCAAGCCUGUAGGUGAUAGGCUUGGUAGCUCAGGAGUGUCUCGGUGUGACUCUAGGACAAGUGACUUGUGCUGACCAGAUUCCUGUAGUGCUGGGGGUCAGAGGGAGCCCUCUUGGAGUGGUGGGAGGGAGCAAGGAGAGCUGCUUGGGCUCAGCUUGCUGGGUGGCUGCUUGUGGUUCCUUACAGCUCUCAGGACCCACUCCCUGAAGGGUUUGGUGGGGCUUCUACAGCACUGAACUGUAGAGACCCACUCCUGCUUUAUCCAUGCAGUUCAAAGGUGGAAGAUUUUAGAAUUCCUCCAAAAUGAAGAUCAGGAGCAAAUUGUAUGUGAUGAUUGCUUUUCCUUAGGAUGGUGUCGCUACCAGUUAGCGCUUAGAACUUCUGCCUGACUCUGGAUCUCGGAUAGGAAGUUUAUUUCCCUCAGAUGGCAGGUCAGUAAGUUGUGCUUUCUUUCCUACAGGUAAAGUAGUAGUCGUCGUAGAUUGAAACGCUCCAUGCCAGCCUAGUGCUGGUAGGAAGCCAGCAACUGUAGUUCAGUUCUGUAACUGAUACAGAAGCAUUGUCUUGCUUUGAGUGAGGGCAACACAAGUACCAUGGGGAAGAGGAGUAGUGGGUGGCACAGAGGCAGUUAUUCCUUGUUUGACUCUAUCCUGAGCAUAUUCCAAGUCUUUUCAGAAGCAGCAGCUGUGUGUGAAAGGGCAGAGCUGAAAUGUUGUGUAGAGAAGGCCUAUGCAGUCUAGUUUUCUAAGAGUACUUUUCUAUUAUAAAUGAAUGUUAUCUACCUCCUCGUCUCUUGUUGCCUAUUGUGGAGUCAAAUAACAGUUAGAGUGGAAGAUUGUCUGUUAUUCAAUAGGACCGGAUGCUCAAGGAUAAUGAACAGAGCCACAGCUGUAAUGGAUAAUGUAACAAAUCUUGAGAGAGAGAGAAACCCAAUGUAGGAAGUCUUAAACUUGCAGUCAGGCUGGCACCUUGGAGGAUGCCAGAGUACUUUGGCCCGUUCUGCAGUUGUUUUGACCCUUCAUCUGGAAUAUCUAGCACUGGCCGUAAUGUCUGAACACCUCAUACAGAACAGCAGCUCCACGUUCCUCCUACUCCGUGAGGUGGUUCUUUGGUUUUGCCCAGCUUCCUGCUGCGAGGAUUCCUGCUCAGGGCUGUUAAUGGCACGUUAACAUUUUGAAAACCAAAGGUGGUGUCAGGUUCACCAGCUACGUUAUUCAAAUGCUUCUGUCUCAAAUAGCAGUUACAUCCCAGACCAGCUCUAGCUUGUCUGUAGAGGCUAAAAUAAAGCAUUGGGUCUUUGCUUAGUGUUGGAUCAUCAAGCUAUAAAGGUUUCAAAGUUAGGCUGAAGUCAUCUUUCCGGUAACCAAAGACUUUUCUGCCUGUAACUUGUUCCUGUCUCCUCUCUUUCUUCUUCAGCCACUGAUUUAUAAGCAAAGCUCAUCAGUAAACGGCUCCCAUCAGUUACGCUCUAGUUCAGCAGCCAUAGCUACAUCCUGCUAGUUCUGGACUUAUAUUUUAAGCUGUACUUACAUGUGUUUGUAACGCUUUGGAUUUGUGGAAGUCCAUAAUGCAAAUUGUUGUGAAGGACCCAGUGCCUCUCCCUCCUUAACUUCCUGAUGCGAUAAGCUGGGGAGCAUGGAAGGAAAGUCCUCGAAAUAGUUCUGUUUCUCCAGCACCCUGUACUUUGACACCUACAGGCACGUUACUGCACUGUUUAUGGGUUUCUGAGUGUCUGUAACACACCCACUGCCCUCAAAGGGGUCCGGACUCUGCGCUAUGUAAAGCCGCUCCGUCUAAUUCCCAUGUCCCAGUGGUCCCGCUCUGCUCCUGCUGGUCACCAGCAGGUGGAAAGGAAACAUCAGCCUAUUGUUGUAGAAUAUGCUGAUAGUCCCAGAGCAAACUCUGUUGCUUAGUGAGCUUGUUCUCUCCUGUGAGAGGAAGGCCAGGCCACCUUCAUCCUCACCUGCACUGAACGACCCGCUCUCCCCACACGGUGUAGGGGAGACUCCAGCCACCCUGCACUGGCUGUUCAGCCAAAACUCAGCUCCGUCCUGUGGUGGGAGAGUAGGUUCAGCUCCGGGAGGGGACAUGUUGGCACCUGACAGGUAAUCACACCUAUGUGAUUAACUUUGCUGUAAAUAGAUUCUUAACUGGCUUCAGUAUUUCCUUUUUCAGGUUUUGCAAACUUAAGUUCUUAUAAACCAGGGGAUGAUUAUUUUUAAUCUUUGUACAGCGGUUUACACAAGUAUUGGUCUACAAGUCACUCCAGGAGAGUUGGAGUAAGUUUCAGUUUUGCUAUUGCAUUUCUGGGCAGACUCUGCCUUAACGCGCUCCUGACUUAACCCUCUGCGUGCUGUAGUUGUGUGGUAAAGAUGUGCUGCUGUCAUGCGUUAGACCUUUACCUACUGGCCACUUGUCCUUGGUCUGUGGAGAGAGACUUAAUGCCAUUGCACAAAUGCUCUCAGCUCUUGAGCCUUUUUACUGUAAAUGGGUUUGCCUCUACAGCUUUCAGGUGAAGACGGGACAGGGCAGCUGUCCUGGUCACAAGCAGCUCUUUAGAUUAUCUGGUACUGCCUCGUGUUAGCAGGGAGUGCACACCUGUCUGCUUCAAUUCUCCAGCACUCUGUAGAAGGCAGUGACAGUGACAGAAUGGCAGAGUAGAGCUGAGUAAAAUCUUACCUGUUCAAGAUUUUUGUCUGGCGUGAUGCAGAAAAGCCAGAUUACAAUCUGCAGCUUGGAAUACAGUGUGGGCUGCACAGCAGAGGCAAUACAGCUCCCUGACAGGGUGUUUAAUCCCACCUCCACCAGCAUAGCUGUGGCCCUGAGACAGCUGCUCCUCUGUUUCCACAAGGCAGGUUUUGGAUCCCAUCCUGCAGGCCAUCACCUGGUUAGGGCCCUUAGAGGAGGCUCCAAGCUCCACUCUUACCUUUGAGCAACGGGUAGGUGGAACCUUCCAGUCUUAAUGGAGUUGUUCUGUUUCAUGGACAAUAGGAGCAAAUUCAUCUGUCCUGUACAAUCAUUCCCUCCCACUUUGUACUUGUGCACAAAAAACAGCUUAAGCUGGAUUUCAGUGUAUGGUUGGUGUUUGCAAUAUGUACUUUUUUUUUUCUCUUUAAAUAUAACACAAUAAAUUAGAAGAUAUUUCAUAUUUA